GCAAACCCAUUCUAUAAGAGCAUCCUCAUAUAUUGCAAACUCUAGUUUGUUUUCCUCACAUAAGCAAUUAAAUGGCUUCCUUUAUUGCAUUGGUUUUGGGUGUAUGUCUAGGAAUGAACAUGGCCAUGCCGACACUGGCAGCUGUCCACACUGUCGGAGACAGCUCAGGUUGGACACUUGGUGCUGAUUACAGCACAUGGGCUAGUAGCGUCAACUUUAAAGUCGGUGAUAGUCUUGUUUUCAAUUAUGGGGCUGGUCACACGGUGGACGAAGUUAAAGAGAGCGAUUACAAGAGCUGCAGCACGGGCAAUUCACUGAGUACAGACAGCAGCGGUGCCACCACCAUCGCCCUCAAGACUGCCGGCACUCAUUACUUCAUAUGUGCAGUUCCUGGCCAUUGCAAGGGUGGCAUGAAGCUUGCUGUUAAGGUCAAGCCUAAAAAAUCACCUCCACCUUCACCUUCUCCUUCUCCUUCUCCUUCUCCUUCUCCUUCUCCUCAAGAUGUCACUGACACCAAACACACACACACACCCUCUCCUACAACUUCAACCUCCUCCUCCACCGCCACCACAUCUUCACAGUCAUCACAUGCCUCCUCCUCAUCUCGUUUUCCAGUUGUUGCUAUGUUUCUUGCUUCUUCCAUCUCCUCCUACUUUCUGUUACGUUUCAUGUGAAUUUGUGUGAGUCAGGACAGAGGCAGUGCUUGUGCUUCCCUACGUGCUUCCUUCUCUAUUUACUCGCCUUUCUUCUUUUAUUCAGAUUUUGCUACCAGGCAAAUUUAUUAUUUAAACUAAUCUAUCUUCUUUUUUUAUGUUCA